CGGAGGGAGCACUCAUUGUGAAAUUACUUCCAUUUUUCAGUCUGAAUAGAAUCGAUGAGUAGAAAACAAUGGGAAGCAGAAAGCUAUCACUCCAAAGAUUUCGAUUGGAACGAAUUGAGAGAAGAAGUGGAAAAAAAUCCCUCACUUCAGUUCCAUUUCCUCCCCUUUUCCGAAGUGGUUACUCAAAUUGAAGACGCUCAGCUAGAUUCCGAAGCGUGGGAUCAAUUUCAUGCCCGCCACUCUACUGGCAAGUUCUUCAAGGAACGACGAUACUUGCUGAAGGAGUUCCCAGAACUAGCUUCUUGCAAGGAUGAAUCCAAGGUUUUGGAGGUGGGGUGUGGCAAUGGCAGCACAGCUCUACCUAUUUUAUGUGGACGAGAAGGCAUCAUCUUAUACGCGUGUGAUUGUAGCAACGAGGCGCUUGAGAGGGCUAAAGAGAUUGUUACUGCUUCUAAUUCUGUCUCUGCUAUUCAUCGGUUUCACCCAUUCCUUUGUGAUUUUUCAACAACUGGAUUUCCCUUGUGGUUGGCCUGCAAUACCUGCUCGGAUAGCUCGUUUCACGGCCAUCAUUUAGGAUUUUCAGAGGCUUAUGCAGGUGCUAACUUGGAUGAAGCAAGAAGCUGCAUUGGUGGAGUAGAUUUUGUUACAUUGAUAUUCACUUUGUCGGCCUUGCCACUCGACAGGAUGCCUAAGGCCAUCAAAGAGUGCUUUGCUGUUCUAAAGCCAGGGGGCAUGCUAUUAUUUAGAGACUACGGUGUUUGCGAUAUGACUAUGCUUCGAUUCGACCCUCAACAAAGAAUAGGAUAUAGGGAGUACUUGCGGUCUGAUGGAACAAGAUCUUAUUUCUUCUGCUUGGAUACAGUUAGAAGUUUAACUUCUGCUGCCGGCUUCAUCGAGGUUGAGCUUGAAUACUGCUGUGUCAAGGCAGUAAACCGGCGGAAUGGAAAGGUGAUGAAGAGAGUAUUUGUUCAUGGAAAGUUCCAGAAGCCUACCCUUAACUGACUAAUGCACCUCAUUGACAAUGAAUGAAGCGCAGCUCAGUUAGUAAAACGUAAGACACUUCCUCUCAAACCAUUAAAUUGGGGGGGGGGGGGGACGAAGUCCAUCUCGGUUGGUAAGACGUAAGGCGCUUCCUCGCAAACCAUUGAAUUGCGAGGUUCGAGUCACCACGAAGGAGAAAACGCAAACCCUUAUUGAUUCUUCUCACUAAAUGCAUCUCGCUUUCUCAUGUUGCUUCAUUGUUGAUUUUUAUUAUUGGAUUUUGAAUAAUUCUUUGUUUACUUUCAUUUGUUUAAGAAUAUCAUAUGCCCAAUCCAUUUGUUUAACCGAUUUUGUAUUUUUAGAUUAUUAAUUAAACUUUUGUUUUGAUAUUUAUGGUUUAAUAUUAUUUAUUCAAAAUGAGAUUGACUUAAA